AUGGUUAUAUUUGUUAUAAUAUUGGUAUUAGCAGUCAGUUAUGUUGGUGGUGAGCUGCUGCCAAUAUCUCCUUACGUGUUUAUUGGUGAACAUUUAGUAUUGAACUGUACCAUACCAGAAUCAGAUGAGUUCAGAGAUUUGAAUAUCUCUUCAGCUUACUUCACCAAAGGUAAUCAGCAUCUUCCAAAAGACAAUAUCCAGAUUUCUGAUGAUACUGCCUUAUAUAAUACUACAGUAUCUUCAACCAAUGAUGAGGGAAGAUAUGGAUGUUGGUUAGAAACACCAGAAGAUAUAUUACUUGGAUCUCAAAUAGUCAAUGUGGAUUAUGCUCCAGUAGCAAUAACAAACUUUACUUGUAUCGUGUAUGAUUGGACAGAUGGUCUGAAAUGUGACUGGUCUUUAGGGGUUGAUUAUGUUUGGAAAGAGUAUAUUAAAGUUGACUUUUGGUGGAGUAUACCUGGAGGAGAGUAUCAACAAUGUCCUCACCUGACAAACACAUCCUGUACUUGGACUUCCUCUGAAUAUCGUGGAUCUAGUCAGAUGUUUAUUUAUAUUACUGUGAAAAAUACCAAGAGAGAUGUCACAGCUAGUUUUCAAGAAAAUUUGAGAACAUCUCAACAUGUUCAGCCGUCUGCUCCAACAGAUCUGGUGGUGGUUGGCAAUGUUGGAAAAACAUGUGUAACGCUGAAUUGGGGGCAUGAAAAAAGCAGACCCAAGUUGUUUUCUGUGAUUUAUGAAUCACGAAAUAAGACAAUGAUAGAAAAGGAAAUAGUGGGUAGUAGGAAUUUAACCAUGUCAAUAUGUGAUCUCAAUCCAUACACUGGUUAUAAAUUUAUUGUUAAAUGUAAACCUAAAGACAAUGGAUAUUGGAGUGCCAACCGAACAAUACAAGCCACAACAUUGCAAGAUGUUCCAUUAAGUGGUCCAGUAGUUAGUAGUGGUAGUUUUAAACUAACUAGAUGUAUUAAGACUAAGAGAAACGUUGCUUUGUAUUGGGGGGAUGUAGCAGAAGAUGAACAACAAGGGGAGAUAAUUGAAUACAUGAUCUUGACUCCAAGUGAAAAUUUUACAGUUUAUAGUGAUGUACAUACAUUAGAAAUACCAGAUGAACCUUGUCAUCAAACACAGAAUUAUUUCAUCUACUCUAAAACUAAUAUUGGUUAUUCAAAAGACUACUCACAAAUAGUCAUUCCACAGCACACGAUGGUACCUGUUGAUAAUUUUACAAUACAGAUGGUGAUUGUUAAUAAUACAGAGAGAAUAAUAGGUACUUGGUUACCAGUUAAAUCAUUGACUGAAAUUACUAAUAUAACCUAUACAGUAUAUUGGUGUUGGUAUGAUCCAACUCAUCCUUUGUGUCAGGGUUCAUCCUUGGGUGAUCACAAACAACCAUACCAAGUUUCGUCGAAAUCAGUCAAGAAUUGUGCCUUGUAG